CUUCUCCAGCACAUCAAAGACCCCAUCAACCUGCCAAGUGUGGGCCGGGCCAAAGACUACCCGCUCUUCUUUGGGACGGCCAUCUUCGCCUUUGAAGGGAUUGGAGUGGUUCUUCCCUUGGAGAACAAGAUGCACAAGCCCCAGAGUUUCCCCCUGGUUCUUUACCUGGGAAUGGGUAUCGUCACCUUCCUCUACAUCAGCCUGGGCACCGUCGGGUAUUUGUGCUUUGGCGCGGACAUCGGCGGCAGUAUCACCCUCAACCUGCCCAACUGCUGGACCUACCAGGGCGUCAAGCUUCUCUACUGCUUUGGCAUCUUCAUCACCUUCGCCCUGCAGUUCUACGUUCCUGCGGAGAUCCUCAUCCCGCCGCUCGUGGCUCGGGUGUCCGAGAGGUGGGGGACGGCCGUGGACCUGCUGCUCCGCACAGUCCUGGUCCUCUUCACAUGCGCUCUGGCCAUCCUGGUCCCGGAGCUGGACUUGGUGAUCUCGCUGGUGGGCUCGGUCAGCAGCAGCUUCCUGGCGCUCAUCUUCCCGCCCAUCCUGCAGAUCCUGACCCUGCACGGCGAGGGCCUGUCGCCGCCCUCCAUCGCCAAGAACCUGUUCAUCAGCCUGCUGGGCCUGGUGGGCUUCCUGGCGGGGACCUACGUGGCCGUGGAGCAGAUCGUCGCCCGCAACGCCCUCAAGCGGGAGGAGACGCUGGCCGCCUUCGCGCUCCAAUGAUGGCGCGUCGUGCCCGGCAGGACCGAUUACCUUUUUCCGGACCCGUGUUUUUAGUCAUGGGCGUGGCCAUCGUGUCUGUUGUCAUACACUGCUCAGUCCUUCAGGUAGGUGCUCGCUCCCCUUUGACUGCGGAGUCAAACUACCUCAACGGUCUUACUGACGACACGUUAACCUACCGCCCUAACUUCUCCUACCAGUUCCCCCCCGCCCCCGAUGGACGUUUCAGUUGCACUUUGAUGGAAUGCCUUACGCGGUGAAACCUUCUUUCUCGCCAGCUCUGUAGAAGUCGACCAGAAAAGUCUUUGGCUGUGUCUCAUUUGGCACGCUUGCACACUUCCACUUAGUCCCACCAGGGCUUUCGUGUGUUCACACAUCUUGGCUAACUAGACUGGUUAGCAGUGAAAUAUUGCCAUCGUCAUUCCCAGUACCAACUAUAAGCCGCCACUUUUCUCCUACACUUUGAACCCUGCGGCUUAUAAAACGGUUCGGCUGAAUUAUGGAUUUUCCUUUACUGACCGUUUGAAAAAGACGAGCCAACACUUAAAAGGUGCUGCACCGCUCUUCUGUCCAGACGGAGCUUCGAACCGGAAGUGCAAGUGCCAUUCCCUUCGUCUAGCCGUCCGUAGCGAAUCUACUCGGAGGGAUUCUGCAUUCAUCACUGACGAGGCUAAUUGAUAGCAGCCUGUGAACUUCCUAAAAGUCCACAAAUUAGGCGCAGCAUUGUAUGAAGCCCAGACCCGGAAUUGCGGUCGAUACAUUUGUACAAAAUAAAAACGGUUAGCAUUUUCGAUUGCAUCGUCGACAAACGAGAUUCAAGAUACCGUAAAUUCCAAGCUAUAAGCCUCUACUUUUUUCCUACGCUUUGAACCCUGCGGCUUAUAAAACAUAUACACUGAAGAGGUGUGUCAUUGUUUGUGGUGUGGCGCCACCUUUUGGAUGAGUUUGCUCACUACGGGUGCUGCAGAACCCUUCUUUUUCGAGGCUUGAAAUGGAAAGUAGAAGUGGCGUUCCGUCUUCCGGCCGUCCAUCGCGUUACUACACAUCUGGAUUCUUCAGUCAUCGCCCCAAGCAACAAUUGUACGUUUUACAAUAUAACUAAAACAAUUAUUACUUACUAAAGCGUCCCGUGUUUGAUGUCUGUAGGAGUGUUUUCACGCUUAUUUCUACGUGCUAUUACAAUGUGAUCAAGCUAGCGUCAUUCGCAUUAGCUAACAUGCUCAUGCGUGUCUGUGUUAGUGUUAUUAACUUACAACGGCAUUCUUUUUGUAUUGAUUCACUUUCACAAAUUCCUCAGUAAACUCACCAAAACGUCACCGUGGAGUUAUUGAGUCUGUUUAGCUGAUUGGAGAGCUAGCUUGCGCAGCUAGUGGGUCCAUGACCACGACUUCUGUUUUGUAUGAUCAGCCGUUUUACUGCCGUGUUGCGUACACAAUGAAGGUAUGUAAAUAAACAUUUCCAUGUAAAUAUCUCAUUUCACAACGUAUAUAUCUGCGACUUAUAUAUGGAAUACAUGUUUUUCCGACAGUGAAUAAUCAGGGGCGGCACGACCCGGGCCUUCAGGAACUAAGUAGACGGUGUCUUUGUUUAAGUGUACUAUUUGCGACACAGCCCCCGGCGUCUUGUUACAUGGCCUUUUCACCACAGACAUAAGGAAAAUAAACGGAAUUUGUCACGAGCAGUUCAAGUUUUGAAGGUUUUGUCACAAUUAAAGGGGAAGUGCCCUUUUUUUGGGGGGAAUUUUGCCUAUCACUCACAAUCCUUAUGUAAGACAAGAACACAUGUUUUAGUUUUUUUAUGCAUUCUAAAUUGUAAAUAAAUGCGCGCAAAAGUCAGCUAGCAAUGGAGCUAAUGCGCCUAUAAAACGUUCUAAAACAUCCAUCAAGGUUUUAUAUACACGCUGUAAGUAUAUAUCUAAUGUAGUAACAUUCAUAAUAACAUGUAAUAUAUACAUGAUGUAAGUAUAUAUGUAGUAUCUAGUAACAUUCAUAAUAACAUGUAAUAUAUACAUGAUGUAAGUAUAUAUGUCAUGUAGUAACAUUCAUUAUAACAUGUAAUAUAUACAUGAUGUAAGUAUAUAUGUCAUGUAGUAACAUUCAUAAUAACAUGUAAUAUAUACAUGAUGUAAGUAUAUAUGUAGUAUCUAGUAACAUUCAUAAUAAUAUGUAAUAUAUACAUGAUGUAAGUAUAUAUGUAGUAUCUAGUAACAUUCAUAAUAACAUGUAAUAUAUACAUGAUGUAAGUAUAUAUGUAGUAUCUAGUAACAUUCAUAAUAACAUGUAAUAUAUACAUGAUGUAAGUAUAUAUGUCGUGUAGUAACAUUCAUAAUAACAUGUAAUAUAUACAUGAUGUAAGUAU